AGCUGCCUGAUUUGUCCCUGUGGCGGAGCUAGCUGAUAGGCUGGUUUGCUCCCGCGGAGAUGGCAGGAACUGACUGAUUUGUCCCUGUGACGGAGGGAACCGGCUGGCUUCUUGUCCCUGUGGCGGAGCUAGCUGAUAGGCUGGUUUGCUCCCGCGGAGAUGGCAGGAACUGACUGAUUUGUCCCUGUGACGGAGGGAACCGGCUGGCUUCUUGUCCCUGUGGCGGAGCUAGCUGAUAGGCUGGUUUGCUCCCGCGGAGAUGGCAGGAACUGACUGAUUUGUCCCUGUGACGGAGGGAACCGGCUGGCUUCUUGUCCCUGUGGCGGAGCUGGCUGCCGGACCAUUAUUUACAGCGCGGUUGAAGUUGCUUGUGAUGGCGGGGCGAGGGAAACGGAAAGCGGGCAGCAGGAGCUCGGAGACAAAGAAUGCAGUGGAUGACGGGAAGAGGAACAGAGGAGAGAACUCUGACGUUCCUGAAGACGUGCGGCAGGAGCUUCAGAGUCUCUACAAGCUGCCGAUGCCCGAGGACUUCUACCACUUCUGGCAGUUCUGCGAGGAGCUGAAUCCAGGGAAUCCCUGUGAGGCACUGUCUUCAAGUCUUGGACUGCAGCUUGUUGGGCCUUACGAUAUUCUGGCAGGGAAGCACAAAGUUACGAGUAACCCGGAGCCAAAUUACUUGUUGCAUUGGAGGUAUUUCUACGACCCGCCGGAAUUUCAGACUGUCAUCGCUGGAGACACUGGAACUCAGUAUCACUUUGGUUAUUUCAGGGACUCUCCAGAUGAGCUGCCGGUGUUCGUGGCUGCCAGCGAGGCUAAGAAAGGUUGCUCGUUGGUCCAGAUGGGGGACAAUCUGUUCUGCUCUAUUAACCUGCUUUUAAGUAGAAGACUAAAGGAAUUAAGUAAUAAACGACAGAGCAGUGUGCUGAAAGAGCUUGAGACCAAAUUAACAGCGGUAGCGAAGAAAUUAAAUUAUUCACUAGACCAAAGAACGCAAGGAAUGAAGGCCAGGGACAGGAAGGUGGUUACCAAGACAUUCCAUGGUGCAGGUUUGGUGGUCCCACUGGACAAAACUGGCGUGGGUUACAGAGAGCUUCCUGAGACCGAUGGAAGUUUGAGAAAGAUCUGCAAGGCAAUCGUAGAAGCUCCAACUGAUGAAGCAAGGAUCAAAGCUUUUGCUCCGAUCCAAGAGAUAAUAACAUACGUUCAGUUUGCAAAUGAUGAAUGUGACUACGGAAUGGGAUAUGAACUCGGGAUUGACCUCUUCUGUUACGGAUCACAUUAUUUUCACAAAGUGGUACGGCAAUUGUUACCACUAGCCUACAAGCUCUUGAAGAAUCACCUGUUUGCCGAGAUAAUCGAAGUUCAUUUAGCCGACAGAAAAUGGGAUGAUUUAGAUCAACUGAAAGGCUGAAGCUGCUGCUGAGGGCGUUUGGUAACUCAGCACUCCAUCUACACAUUUACUGGAUAAGCUACUAGAAUUUUCAAUUUGAAUUGUAUUAUUUUGAAGAAUGAGUGUACCUGCUUUUUUUUUUAAAACAAUAAAAAUUCUUUGGUGUAUCAAUACUGGCAGUUGAAAAA